UAUAUAUUUUCAAGUGCAUUCAGUCCAUGUGUUUCAUCUUUGGUGUUCAAAUCCAAUCCUCACCUGUCUUUUACUUAUUAUUCAACAAUUUCAAUCACACAUUUUUCUUCAAGCUCAAUCAGGUUCAAAGUUAAAGGCAAUAUGGGUCUUUCACCAUACUCUAAUCCAUCUGAUGCUGGAAUCCUAUAUGUGAUUCUGGUUAAAACAGCCAUGUCAAUAUCUAUGAUGAAGGCGAUUCUCCGGUCCAUGUUGCGCGUAUUCGGGAUCCGAAUGGCGUCAUGGGAAGAGUUUUCCAACCAACCUGUUGUUGUAGAAACAUUUGAAUGCUGCCGAGGAAGCCCUUCAAAAACCUACAUGGAUGAGUUCCGAAACCGGACUCCAACCGUCCGGUACGACUCUGUUUCGUGCACUAUGAAUCAAGAAUGCUCUGUUUGUUUGGUUGAGUUUAAACCGGAUGCGGAGAUUAAUCACCUUUCUUGUGGACAUGUGUUCCAUACAUGUUGCCUUGAGAAAUGGUUGAAGUAUUGGAACAUUACUUGUCCUCUUUGUAGGAACCAUAUGAUGGGUGGUAAUCAAGUGGAAGAAAACAUGUGCCCAAUGUGAGUGGUUAGCUCAUCAUGUGUUAAGUGUGUGUUAAUGUGUUAGUGUACAGGAUAGAAGGCUUUAGAGUAGAGUUUGUAGCAAAGUUUGUAUGGUUUCCGGUGCCCAUAUGCAUCUGAGAAGCUAAAUAGUAAAAAUCUUUGUUCUUUUGUUCCGGUUUGAAUUAGAAAACUAGAAAAAAAAAAGGAUCAGUUUUAUCAACAUGUUUGUGAAUGAA